UUUGGAUCUCACGUGACUAAAUUGGAAUCGUAUGAUGCUGGGUCGGUAGAUUUCCUGUCCCAGCUCGAAAACCUGUUCUGUUCAAAUUCCGAAGAUGUUAAAAUCGUGAGCCACCAUGCAGGUACCAUUUGAAGCUUCCACCUUCAGGUGAAAAUUCCCAGAUAAGGUUUACUUUCYACCCAUAAACACCAUGAUGGAUCUCGAGCAGCAGACCACCCCUCUCCCCCAGCCCAGCCCGGAGUACUUUUCAUGCAGCUAUCGGCUCCAGAUCAUCUGUUUAGGAUUUGGCUUCUAUGCAGCAGUAUUCCUCCUCUCCCACCUCCUGUCUGUGGCUCUGUCCUGCACCUACAACUCCCUCCCAGCCAAGGAGAAGGUUUUCUGGAACCUGGCAGCCACUCGGGCGGCGUUUGGCACCCAGAGUACAGUAGCAGGACUUCGGGCUCUGACCGAGGACUCUGCGUUGUUCAAAGAGAGAAUCAGGGGCCAAGAAGACUGGUCGUGGUUUCACGUCCUCACAGCCACAGGUUUCUUUGUCUUUGAGAAUGUAGCACUUCAUGCAUCCAAUGUGGUGUUUUGGUCGUUUGACCUCCCGCUGGCCAUGCACCAUUUCUUCGCCCUGUCAGGGUUUGCAGGAGCAGUGGUGUGGGAUUCUCAGGGCCACUACCUGCCCAUGGUUACCCUCCUUCUGGAGAUGAGUACACCUUUCACCUGCAUAUCCUGGAUGCUACUAAAGUCUGGCUGGGCUCACACUCUGUUCUGGAGAGCCAACCAGUGGGUGAUGAUCCACAUGUUCCACUGUCGCAUGGUGCUCACCUAUUACAUGUGGUGGGUCACGCUGACCCACUGGGAGGAGGUCAACRCCCACAUAGCUCUGCCCCUACGCCUCCUUUUCUUCUCUGGACUCGCUCUGCUCACGCUCUUCAUCAACCCCAUCUGGACGCACAAGAAGACCAUGCAGCUGCUAAACCCCGUGGACUGGAACUUCUGCAACAAGACGACACGGAUCAACGGCGCCACGAGGGAUCAGUCUGAAGAUUCUGUGAAACCCCACGCCAACUGAGAAGCAUCAAAAGGUUUUUUGUUGUUGUUGAGCUUUAGUCACAAUGGGAAAUGUGUGUGAGAAAAUUUAAUCAAACUCCUUUAUUUCACUUACAAAUCAAAAUCUAGUUGGACAAAACAUUGGGUCAGCGUGUUAGAAUAUGAAAAACAAAUGUGGACAGUUUGAUGUAUUUUACACUUAAAUUCAAACUAAACAAAAUGUUUGUUUUGCUUCAGGCUGGUGAAGUAGUCCCACAAAUCUUGUCACACACACAGGACAGAAGUUGAUGUUAAAWUGGACCAAGUUUAGAGAAUAAACUUCCUUAUCAUAAAUCA